AGCGGUUUUCGGUGUUCACUUGUGAUGUAGCUGUGCACAGACAUAUCCACGAGAAAUCAUGUCUCUUCGCGUAACUGCAACCGUCAGUGAGACUGACAAGCAUUCAAACGAUGUGACGGGUUUGUGUUUCCACGACGGUAAACUCUACAGCGCCGCCGAAGACGGAAAAGUCAAGGUGUGGACCCCGGAGCUGCGGAAGCUGGCGGAGUUCCGAGCGCACGACUCGGCGGUGUUCCACCUGGCGGCGCUCGGCGACCAGCUGUACACGUGCUCCAACGACGGCUCGGCGGUGCAGGCGUGGGACGCGGCCAGCGGCGAGAGGAGGACCACCCUGCUGGGGGGCGGCGCGGAGGUGUGGCGUCUGCACGCGCACGACGGCAAGCUGUACGCGGGCGACGCGCAGGGAGUGGUAAGGAUAUGGAGUGGCGACGUGCUGGUCAGAUCCUUCGAACUGACAGAAGAAGUGCGAGGAUUGGCUGUGCAGGGCAACCUCAUAUACACUGUCAGAGACCGGGACCUGGUCAUCACGGAAACACUGGCAGGUGAGAAGUCUGGCCCAGUGACACGCCAGACAAUAGAAGGCAGCAGUCCGCUGUGCCUAGUUGGGACCAGGGUGUGUUUCGCUAGCAGGAGCGGGGUGGACAUUCUGGUCCACGACAACAGCAAAGAAACACGCUUCAAGCAGCUGGGCAUCAUCAAGGUUGAAUUGAAAAAAACCGGCGGAGGAGGAUAUGUUCCGAAACUAAGUUGUAUUGAAGCCAGAGUUAUGGCAUUAGUGAACUCCCAGUUCACACCACUGAAUUGUAAAUAUGACAGUGAUGCCAUAUACCAGGGAGAUCUUGAAGAUUGUGAGCAGAUCCUCGUUGAGCAACCCUGUGAUUUGGACGAAUAUUAUCUUGAAAAUAACAGUCCAUCAUCUGGAAUUGAGGCAGUUGCUGUGACGACCAUGUACCCCACCACAUCAGCAGAUCAUAUGUUUGUACCAGCCGCCAUGAUACCAACCCCCAUGACAUCAACUGUAACUGUCUCAGUACCAGCAAUUGCCACUUCAACCCCCACCACAUCGGCUCAAACCGUCUCUAAAACAACUGGGCUGAGAGCUGUGUCUCAGAAAAUGACGGAAGUCCCAGCUACGCCAUCUACAAGUGGUAAAGUUAGUGGAAGCAAUAUAUCACUGCGUACUUUUCGCAGAGGCCAGUCUGCAAAAAGAAAGCGCAGUGAUGUAGCUGAAACCAUCUAUUGUAAUGCAAUGGGUAAUUCAGACUGCCAACAAAAAAAACUGGAAAUGGCAGAGGAGUUACACAAAAAAAAACUAGAGAUUAUGGAAAAAGAGUCCAACAUAAAGGACACUGAACUUAAAAUCAAAAGCAUUGAACUAGAAAUUAAACAAGUUGAGUUGCAAGUCAUGAGAAAGAAAUUGAAACAGUGUUAGAUGUUUGUGCUAAUAAUUUUCGUGAAAUGUAGGUUAGUCAGAAGUGAAUGUAUUUUGUGAUAUCUUAUUUCCAAGUGGCUAUGCAUAUGCUGUUGUAUUUAAAUUUAUUAUUUCUUUUUUUUGUUUGUCCUUAUUAACUGUAAAACUAUUUGAUUGCACAAGUGUUCUUUUCUAUUUUCACAUUGGUAGAGGCAGUAUAUUAAUAUUUGUAAUGAUAAAACAAAAACAACACAUAAAAUCCCCUACAGGCGUAGGUAGAUUUCGAUUUUGAGGGACCUAUUAUUUUGGCAAUGUUUUCGAAACAUUUACAAACCCCUUGAACACUUCAAUAACUUAAUGUACAUUACAUCCUAUUAAAUGUUCACCAAUAUUAAAAAAAGAUUGAAUAAUAAGUUUUCAUAUUCCAAGCAGCGAAAAUGUAUGAAAUGUUUUUGAACUCAAUGCAUCCAGCACUAAAUGUCUAAUUGAAUUUACCUAUUAUUUUGCCUACUAAGUAGUUAUGCUAUUGUUUUUAACUUUAAAACAGUAUUUUUCAUCAUUCUUUGACAAAGGUUUAAGGUAAUAUUAAGAUAUUUAAAAAUAAAUUGCAAUAAUUUUUUGAUGCACCCCUUUAUUUUAUAAACCCCCUGCAUCAGUGGCUCCUACUAUCCAAAAUGUUUCAGACAAAAGUUUUAUAUAAUAAUUAUAAGAUUAACACACAAUUUGAAUGGAUUUGAUGGUAAAUUCUAUUCCUCUACGGUUUGUAUGAUCAAAUAUUGUUUCAGACAAAAGUUUUAAAUAAAAAUUAUAAGAUUAAUUCAAAAUUUGUACGGAUUUGAUGUUGUGCCUAGAAAGGGUGAUAUGAUUUUUAUCGACCUCCAACCUUCGUUUAUGGCAUCCCUGUAGUAAUAGUUGGUCGUAUCAAAUUAACUUGGACAAAAAUAUUUUGGUAUUAUCCAAUUAUAUAUAAAAUGUUAAAACAGAUGUGACAUUCGCUAUAUUGUAGCAGUUAGAGGGAUGUUUCUGUUUUUUCAUAAAACUUUCCGCAAUUUUACCUCUUUGGUCAGAUGUUGCCCAUUAAUGAACUCGACAAAGAUUUUCUACUUCUAGAAUUUAUGUAUAAGUAUAAAAAUGAUUUGUAAAAAUUUUCGGCAGUUGACAAUCAAUUUGAGGUCUGUGGGCUAUGAAAUAAAAAAUUACAAUAUUAAAAUUACCCUUAAGUCUCACCAUGAGUGUGAAAUAUACCUAAAAGGAAGUUGAUGCAUAGCGUAAUACUGAAAUGCAACAAUAUUUAUCGGAAUCACUUAAAUAUCGAAUUAUGUAAACUUAAAUAAAAAAAUGGAAACAUAUUAGUUAAAUAAAAAAGCUGUUCAAUAAAUAGAGAUGAAUCAAUAUCUGAUAAAAUGUGCAUGUGGCUAAAGGCCUCCAGCAUUGGUGUUUGUUAUUUUUUUUUAAUUAACACUAAUAAUAUUUUAAUAAUAAGACAAGUACAACAGAUAGAAUUCAAUUUUGAAACUAUGUAAACAGCAAAGAAAUCAUGUAAAGCAUCAAUGUAUGAACUAAAAGUGUUAUUGCUAAUAAAGCUCUGUAGAUUUGUAGUGAUCUAAAAUCUUAGCUCUUCUCAUUAAUAAUGUGUUUUGUAUUGUUUUAUGUACACAGUUUGUACCAUGAAGCAGUUUUACAGUUCAACUAUGGUUGGUAUGUGCUUCCUUGUUUUAUAUCUACACAAUGGUUACGCUGCUUGAUCUAUUUGAACAUUAAUCAACUUGUAUAGUCCAUAUGAUCUGGUAAAGUUCAUUAAUUUUUAGGCUUUGUUAUUUAUGUUGUUUGUUUGCAGUGCAAUUAAGUGAAAAGUGUUGUUAGUAAUUAUGUGUACCUGUUUAAACUAUUUGUUAAAAGUAAAUUUAUCAACUGAGAUUUUUGUUUCACUUUUUUACGGGUAAUACAUUAUGAGAUAUAGAUAAAACUUGAAAUUUUAUGUAUUAUUUGUACCUGUAUGAACUGUGUGUGAAAAGUAAAAAUAUCAACUGAGA